AAUUGCAGCAAUGUUCUUACCACUAAGUACAAGCCGCAUCCUCACGAUACUAUGAGGGCAGCUCAGUGGAUGGGCACCAAAACUAUUGAGAUCGGGGUCGUCCCAAAGCCAACCAUCACUGCAAGUAAAGAUGCCAUUGUCCGCAUCACCCAUUGUACCAUCUGCGGAUCUGACCUGCACAUGUAUGUUGGCGAGCUCAAUUCGGCAAUGCAGAAAGGUGACAUCAUGGGCCAUGAGGCCAUCGGAAUUGUCGAAGACAUCGGUUCCGGGGUCAGUAAGCUCAAGAGAGGUGACAGGGUGAUCAUCCUCCCAGUCAUCGCAUGUGGAGAAUGCUUCUACUGCCAACGACAGGAGUACUCUCUGUGCGAUGCUACAAACCCUAGCAAAGAGAUGGAGGGCAUGUGGGGACAUCGGCUCUCUGGUAUCUUUGGCUAUUCUCAUCUUACUGGAGGAUAUCCUGGAGACCAAGCAGAAUGGUGUCGCGUGCCUAACGCUGACUUGACCUGUGUCCGGGCUCCAUUGGAUGUGGACGCAAGGAAAUUGGUCGCCCUUGCCGACGUUACGCCCACAGCAUGGCAUGGUUGUGAACUUGCCGAGGUCUCAAAGGGAGACAUCGUUGGCGUCUGGGGCUGUGGCGCGAUUGGACUCUCGAUCCAGGCAUUGUCCAUCUUCCGUGGUGCGAAGAAAGUUUAUGCGAUGGACAAGGAUCCUCACCGUCUCGCCAUAGCCCGAUCUCUAGGAGCCAUUCCCAUCAACAUCAACGAGCAUACAGAUGUUACCGAGUACAUCCUCUCCAUAGAACCUCAUGGACUGGACAGAGGUAUCGAAGCCAGCGGUUUCCGAAGCGAGACCUCUGUUGCUCACACGCUGAUGCGCAAGGUUGGCCUUGAAGGCGAUCAAGGCGAUACCGUCACUUCCAUUAUAAAAUCCACCAGGAAGUGUGGCAACAUCGCCCUCAUUGGUGACUUCUUCUUCAACACAAAUCAAUUUCCUAUUGGUAUGUUGAUGGAGAAGACGAUCACUCUGCGUGGUGGCCAACUCAUGGCACAAAAGUACUUUCCCUAUCUCCUCGAUAUCGUGGUCAGCGGCGAGUACGAUCCAUCAUUCGUUAUCACCCAUACCGACAAGUUCGAGAACAUCUCCGAAAACUAUGCGCUUUUUAACGAGCACAAGAUCCCUGGCGGUUUGAAAGUAUGUCUGGCCACAGAGUUUGGUAGAUCCCUUGAGCUGUCUGGUUAA